UCUUACCCAAGGGUGCUCGGCUAAGUAUUGGGCUAACCUUGGAAUCAAGCAAUUCAUUGAUAUCUUUGAAAUGGACAGACUUAUCCCUUGGGAUGAAUUAAAGAAUAAAUUUAAGCUUCCUGAUUCUCAUAAAAAGACUUAUAGUAUGAUUGUUAAAGCUAGUAAAGACUUUCCUACCCUAUGUCAUGUGGACUCUAAUAGUUAUUUGAAGAUAAAAUGGCCUGAUGGUAUCACCAUCUCCAAACUUAAAGCCAAGAAUAUUUAUUCUGUUUUAAAUUAUAAUGUUGACAUCAUCAAUCAUAUUAACAAUAUUUGGAAUACUGAUUUGGAUAUUUCUUCUUGGAAGAAAGUUUUUAAUUAUCUUUGGAAAAGUUCUAUUGAUCCUAAAAUUAAAUAUUUUAAAUGGUUACUUAUUCUCAAUAAGCUGCCUAUUAGGAACUCUUUCUCUGAUAUUAACUAUUGCGGCAUUUGCAGAACCCCGGAAACGGGGAAGCAUAUCUUCUUUGAGUGUAGUUUUUCCAAAGAGAUUUGGUUAAUGUUUGAUUCAGAUGACCAUGAAAAUCAACAAGGCUAAAUUCAAAAGGCUGCUCAAGGAUGGUCAUGCUACCUUUUUUACAAAUGAGGUUAAAAAUGGAUA